UGCCGAACGCGGCGCGGGCACUGUCCGGAGCAGCUGCAGCCACACCGCGCCCGCCCUCACUCCCGCCGCGUCCGCUCUGCGGUUGAAGCAGCGGCCCCGCGCCUUAUGAGCUUCUGGGAGAGAGUCCUCCAUGCCGCCAGCCAAUCAGAAAGCGCGCAGCGAGAACAGCUGACCAAUGGAGACCCGCGUAGCCACACCGCUCUCCCGCCCUGUCCCGCUAUCCCGGAUGCUGGUGGGAGGGGACUUGCUCGGCCGCAACCAAUGGGGAUCACAAGUAGAGUCCCAGAAUGCCGCGCGCGGCGCGCGGCGACAGCCAAUGGGCGUGGAGGACGCGCUGGGACACCGCAAGGUGAGCGGGGCGGGGGCGCGCGCUCCUCUCACAGCCGCCGCCAGCGGGAGCCGCGCAGGGAAACCACCAUGCAGACCCCCGUGGCGCUCCUCGGCUCUCCGGCUCUGUUCCGGUGCUGUUCCAGGGCUCUGGCCAGGCCUGUUCCAGUGUCUGUUUUCAGCAGGCCUGAGGUUCAGACUGUACAGCCAGCCGGUGUUUCCUAUCCACAGCUGUCCCGCCGUGAGUUCCAAACUAGUGUUGUCUCCAGGGAUAUUGACACUGCUGCUAAGUUCAUUGGGGCAGGUGCUGCCACAGUUGGGGUGGCUGGUUCAGGAGCAGGUAUUGGGACAGUGUUUGGCAGCUUGAUCAUUGGCUAUGCCAGGAAUCCAUCUCUCAAGCAACAGCUUUUCUCCUACGCCAUCCUGGGUUUUGCCCUGUCUGAGGCCAUGGGUCUUUUCUGUUUGAUGGUGGCAUUCCUUAUCCUCUUUGCUAUGUGACAACUUCUGGCCCUGGCUGUGGCUUUCAUCACUUUGUCCUCUGCAGUUCGAGUCUGCUUCCAUCAGAGUGUUCGAGGCUGAUAAUUAAAGAAAAGAUUUCUCUAAAUAAACUGGUGGCUUUA